CUCCGCCGCCCCCCCCUCCUCCUGCCGCCCCCAGCCAUGGCCGACGUGGAGGACGGAGACGAGCCGGGUGUCUCCGCUCCUCACGCGGGUUUCUCGGGCUCGAAGUCGGGCGGCGUCGACAAGAUGUUCUCGCUGAAGAAGUGGAACGCCGUGGCCAUGUGGAGCUGGGACGUCGAGUGCGACACCUGCGCCAUCUGCCGGGUGCAGGUCAUGGAUGCCUGUCUUAGAUGUCAAGCUGAAAACAAACAAGAAGAUUGUGUUGUGGUCUGGGGAGAGUGUAAUCAUUCCUUCCACAACUGCUGCAUGUCACUGUGGGUGAAACAGAACAACCGCUGCCCCCUCUGCCAACAGGACUGGGUAGUUCAGAGAAUAGGCAAAUAAAAGCACUGGCAGUUCUUCUUCGGACUUCUCUGGAAUGAUGUGCAACCAAAGGCAUAUUCCCCCAUGAACAAGGGGAGCAUUCACAAUAUGGGAAAGUCCGCUUUAUUUAUUUAGGUCUAGGUUAACGCAGUUUUUAUGGAGUUGGAUUUGAAAUCUUUGUGUUGGUCUGUGGGAUCAGCGUAGUUUCGUCAGAAACGUUAGAUACACAGCGUUGAAGAAUGUAUCUAAACAUUUGGUGUGAACUCUGUACAUUUGUUUAGGAAUGCUUUGGAACUUAUGAGGCCCACAGUUACCUAUGUUCAAAGCAGUUCCAGCUAUAAAUGCCACUUGUUUUUGUCUGAACUGAGGAAUUCAGCUGAAAUAAAUAGUUGUUGGCGAUG